AUCGCAAACCCCUGCACACAAAGUAAUACGCCUUCUUGCCACAUUAUGUUCUUUCACGUGUAUGCUUAUGUUGCCGAUGGAAAAAUAAUAAAAUACUUUUUUUUUCAUUAAGUUUGGGAGUGAGUCGCCAACCCUGGGCUGACAUCAGCUGACCACAAAGAAUAAAUUAGGAGUUUAGUGUGCCAUUUCAAAACUCAUCAUGGUAUUCAUGCUAAUCCACAGUAAACUUCACGUACACGCGUGCCAUGAUACACACGUGAUAACAUUUACUGCACUGAAUCUAGACUAAAUAGAUUUUAAAACGCAGUACAUUUAAAAAAAAAAAAAAAAAAAACUCAAAUAGUGUACAUUUUCUAUAAUAUGUGCGACCUAGUCUUCCAGUAAAUUUCGCUGAAUGAAAACUUUCGGCCAAUUCAGUCAGAACUGUCAACACGUUUGUUGACGUCAUUGCACGUGCAUUAGUAAUUAUGGAUCUCGUGAGCGUGUGAAGCCUGAGAGUCAUACAUUUGAGUGGUGAGAAAGAGUAUAAUCUGUUAAACCACAGAAGAGGCAAGGGUAGGUGAUACAAUGAAGCGAACUUUUAAUGAAAAUCCAACAAGGACAACGGCAGGCUGCCUUCCUGUACAGUUGUUCAAUCAGAAGAAACGAAACAGACUACCAUUGACGUCAAAUCCUAUUGAGAAAGAAUUCCAUUCCAGCAAUGAAUAUUCAUCUGCCCGAGGUUUUGAAUCUUCAUAUAGGCCAUCAGGAUUUUACCAGACACAUGCACCAAGCAAUCAAGUGGGUACUGCACAGGCCAGUCAGUGGGCCAACCAGGGAUAUCAGAGUGUGAAGUCUAAUGCAAGCAGUUCAGGAGGAGGCUUUGCACCAAUGGCACAUCCAAGUAGAGCUAAAAACACUGGAUCAAACAUGGGACAGCAAUCUUUCAGUUCAGGAAAUUGGCAAGAAACCAAACAAAGAAGUUUUCCUUCAACUAGUGGGAACGCUCAGAGCAAAGUCAACACAGCCAGCACUUACAGACAAGCUGACAUCCAAGAAUCUUUUCACAGACAACAAAACCAGUCAGAACCCGUUCACCAGUCACCAAAGAUGCAGUGGCCCAAACCUUCCACAUCAAGCUCUUCAACCACUGGAGUUCAGUCGCAGAGCUCUUCCUGGAAUUUUAAAUCUACUCCUCAGAUCAAUCAGUUUAACAAAGACAGUCAGAGCUGGUUUCCUAACAAUAGCUUUGAUGUGCCUCAGCCAAAGAAACCACCAGUAUUCAAGAUGAAACCUGCAGAAGAAAAAUCUCUGCGUCUUGUGACCACUGUAGUGGCAGGCAUGAAGCACUGGAGCCAGUACAGUGAUCGUGCUCCUUUCCUGUUUGAGGUUUCUGCUACACUAGAUUCAGCUGUUACUACUGGAAGUCAUGGUGCAAAGACAUUUCUUUUAAGAGAUGGAAUGGAUGCUGUACAAUGUGUUUUUUAUGAAACUGACCGUGAACUUCCGAGACUAAUCAGAGGCCAGGUUCACAGAUGUGUAGGGAACUAUGAUAAGAAGAGAAACCAGCUAAAAUGUGUCUCAGUCAGGCCAGCGACAACUUUGGAACAAAGAAACUUUCCUGAAUCGGUUAAAGCUUCAGACAUGGAGAUGAGACAGUAUAUAAAAAUGUUGAAUGAAGUUUAACAAAUGACUGUAUUCUGUAUAACUGCUAUGAGAAUAUUGACAUAUCAGUUGAUUCUUCACCAAGUAAGAUAGCAAUAAGCAGUGUUGUAAAGAAGCCAUACCCUAAGACAUUCCAGUUUCAAAAUGUGCAUUUUAGCAUAAUUUUUUUUUGUUAAUUUAAAAUUGGUAUUAUUAGUUCAUGUAUUAAUAUAUUGUAAUGUAAGGUUGAGUUUGUUUUCACUAACACUGAUGCAAAUUGUAAAGCUGCUAUUUUGUGACAUUAAAGGCAUAUUAUAUAUUCUGUUCUACUGUUCAUGAACAGUACACAUGUUAAUAUUUAGGUCUGGGAGACAUAUUUAAUUUCCAAUCCAUUUCUUCCCCAACCAAAACAUGUGAAA